AUGCCCGGUCGACUCAAAGUUCAACGUCCCUCUCCGACGACUGUCUCCUUCACAGUAUCCAAUGCGCCCCAGCGGUCAAGUUCCCCAGCCAAAAUUCUAUUCGGUCUCCAAAUAUUGCUGCGUGCAGUCUUGUUCUCAUGCGUUGUAAGUGUCGGCGUCGCACUUCUCAGACAUAUUGUCUUUAAAGGAGAUAGCGGAAGAAUAAGCUGGUCAGCCGUAUGGUCAAGUGCGCUCGGGUCCAAGCUGUGUCGCUUCGUGGAUUCAUACAACCCGCUGGCAAUCGCUGUGGUCAGUGCAGUAGUGAUCUACGGCGUUUUCAGACGGGGUUAUACCGAGGAAUCGCUCUUGGUCAUUCGAGGAUUCGGCAUUCAGACCUCAACAUCGUCAUCCACUUAUCUGUCUUCCGCUGCGACCAGAUUCAUUCCUACCACACAAAUCCAAGACAUUGUCAUCCACGAAGCUUUCAAGGGCUUCGAGGUCCGCUUUUACUUGGCAGUCAUCGUCGAAGGCGAGCCUGAUGCCCUGGUGGUCUUCCCGCAUAUGCUUCCCAAACGAGAUAUCUUAGAGCAGGUUUGGAGAGGCUCAAGACGAUGUCUUUACGAUGCAAAUGCAAAGUCGUGA